CCUCAGUCUUCGGUCACUUUUGCUCCAUCAUGCUGCAGCCUUCACCCUGGUUUCGGUGGUUCCCCUUCAGACUCAUUGCCCACGUUGGCCCAUCCGGCCAAGGGUGCCUCCCUGCGCCUUGUUGAUGAGAAAAUCCGUUCGUCCACAUGCUCGUCCCGCCCGGCCAAAUGCUAUCUUUUUGGUCAACCUGAUGAUCCGCUUACAGAAAGUCUCCUUACACCCGUCAUGAGAUGUAACAUCUUCAACGCUCCAGACCUCCAACCCAACCUACUGAUUGGCCGCCGAAGCUCAGCGGCCCACAGGAUACACGUCUCGAGCAAUGACGGACACACGCGCACUCCCUUGAUCAGACUCUGAGGGGUUUCCGCUCAUCCUGAGGUCGACCUGGUUCCGGUGACAGACUGUCGAACAUCAUCCUCACCACCACCAACUUUCACCCAGACCUCAAAGGGCACGUCUUCCUCUAUACCCAUUUCCAACUUCUCAAAAAGUGUUUUACCGUUUCAUCUCCAUCUUACAGACAGAAUGACUUCCUACAAGAUCCCCACCGAGCAAUGGGCUCAGGUUAUCGACAAGGUCGGCGGCCCUGUGCAAUACAAGAAGAUCCCCGUCCCCAAGCCAGGACCAGAGGAUGUGCUCGUCAACAUCAAAUACUCCGGUGUCUGCCAUACCGAUCUCCACGCCGUCAACGGUGACUGGCCCCUCCCAACCAAGCUACCUCUCGUUGGUGGCCACGAGGGCGCCGGUAUCGUCGUGGCCCGUGGUGAACUCGUCACCGAUGACAUCUGCAAAAUUGGCGAGGCCGUCGGUGUCAAGUGGUUGAACGACUCCUGCUUGAACUGCACAUUCUGCCAGCAAUCAGACGAGCCCCUGUGCCUCACCCCCAAGCUCUCCGGCUAUACCGUCGAUGGCUCCUUCCAACAGUACUGCGUUGCAUCCGCACGGCACGUUGCGCACAUCCCUGACGGUGUUCCUCUCGACGAGGUUUCCCCAGUCCUCUGCGCAGGCAUUACAGUUUACAAGGGUCUCAAAGAGUCGGGAGCAAGACCAGGACAGACAGUUGCGAUCGUCGGUGCUGGUGGUGGCUUGGGCUCUUUGGCCCAGCAAUACGCACGGGCUAUGGGUAUCCAUACCAUUGCCAUUGACACUGGAGAUGACAAGAAAGCACUUUGCGAGAAGAUGGGUUCCAGCACCUUUAUCGAUUUCGCCAAAUCCAGCGACGUUGUCAAGGACGUCAAGGCCGCAACAAAGGAUGGCCUCGGCCCUCAUGCCGUCAUUCUUGUCGCAGUGACCGAGAAGCCCUUCCAACAAGCUGCGGAAUACGUCCGCCCCCGUGGAACCGUCAUUGUGAUUGGUCUUCCCGCCAAGGCAUACAUCCGCGCCCCAGUCUUCGAGUCAGUGGUGAAGAUGAUCAGAAUCCAGGCCUCAUACGUCGGAAACCGACAAGACAGCGAGGAGGCCCUCGACUUCUUCGCCCGCGGGUUGAUCAAGGUGCCCUUCAAGACGGUGGAUCUGAAAGAUCUUCCCAAGGUCUACGAGAUGAUGCAUGCCGGCCAGAUCGCUGGACGAUAUGUGCUCAAGAUGCCUGACCCAGAAUAGAUGACGGGUGUGAUGGGGCAUGUGGCGGGCCAGACGCUGAAUCCGUGGCUGGUUUUGUAAGAAGAUUAGUGAAAAGGUAGCUUCAGGCAAAAAUGAUUACAAGCCGAGAGAUACUGCUCUGUUUACGACGGGCAUUGGCGCUCGGGGCAAUGGAUCUCCGCCUCGGAUGUGUCUCAUCCCGCCAUCCAUAUUGGCGAUACUCUCCCAUCGAAGUGGAUCAAUCGCCAACUUCGUUCUCCUGUCCUUCAGUUGUUGGUACUUGAUUUCUCCCUCUGUCCGUGGGUGCGGGCCAGCUUUGUGCCGCCGAUAUUUGUCAAGCCAGCCUUUUGUUCACAUAUUCACCUUGUUUGUUCAUCAUCUCUUUUCAGCGUCAAGUAUAUCAUGACGUCCUCGCCACCCUGUCCGUGCUGGUGCAGAGAGCGUCGAUAGCCUUA